AUGGAAAACUGGGAUGUGUUUGAAAAGGACGUACAAUCAAUGAUUCCUAGGAGUCCAGGGGAUAAUUUGGUGUCCAGCAUUGAAAUCUUAAGCUUAGUUCCAUUGAGAAUCGUUGCACUAGAAUUUAUAUCGUCCACUGCAGCUUGGAUGGCAACUUUGGAUACUCUACCAAUUGUAGAGUUGAAAGAUAAAAUUGCCCCAAUGUUAACAGAACUCGGUCUUGUAGAAGCAGACCUGGUUCCUUUUGAGGGAAAGCCACUGCAGAAGAUGAGAAGGACAAGAAGCAAAACUUUGCUCAUAGAUGAUAUAUCAGUGAGAACUGUGUGUCACACCCAAAAGAGGGAACUGUGUAUUGCACCCAAAGAUGGAGUGGUAUUGAUGUACGCCUUUAGUCUUCCACGUGUCGUUAGAAAGAUAGAAGUUGUGGAGAUGAUUGGUGAGAGCAAUGUUACGGCGGAAGAAGGAGGCGUUGGUCAAGAUAAAGAGGAAUAUCUCAAUCCUUUUUAUAGCCUGCAAUUUGAGAUAUUAACAAAAGGUAUGCAUUAUUUUUUUGUUCGUGUUGAUGCAUCAAACGUUGCAUCAACUAAUGUUGUGAUUGGUCAGUACCGUGUUAUCAUUGGUGGUCCAGAACUUAAUCGCACCACCCUGUAUCUAGAAGGAGAAAAAAUGGCCAAGCUUCUUAUUGGUUAA